CCGGGCAUAGUUUUCUUGUUGUAUGGGACACGAUGGUUCCUCUCAUUCAAAUAACAGCGGAUGAAGUAAAUCACAUCGUAUAUUCGUAUCUACAGGAUUCUGGCUUCCUCCACACUGCAUUUGCAUUACGCGUAGAAGGCCGACUCGAACAAUCCAAACAUUUCAACGAUUACGUUCCGCGCGGCGAACUCGUCGAGCUCCUCACGAAAGCGCUUCUAUAUACUGAGGUCGAAACGCACUGCAAGGGUGAUGGGCUAAUUACAGAUUGCAAAGCGCCGUUCUCGCUUCUCAAGCCUCAUGAAUGCGCGGUCGACUUAAUGGACGACGGGGUGAGCGGGACCGCAGACAAAGUCGGGAAGCUGACUGUAAGCAAUGGUGUGCUGGAAGCACCUCUGAAACGUAAGGCGAGUAUACCCGCGGAAGGAGAUGCACAGAAUAGAAGGAUUAAAAGGAGUUUGGAGCCUGAAUCGGCGGAUACGAAUACUGGAGUUUCUCGAGAUUCACCUAUAAGCAUACCAGACGAUCGUUUAAUAACGCCAAGCCCGGAACGGGAUGGAUCUCCGAUGUCAGUGUCCGUGGUUCCGUCGAACGGCGGGAGAAUGAGAAGCAAAUCGAGAACUAGGAAAGAACCUGGCCCCGGUGACUCUACGACUUCUCCGAAGGCCAUUCUCUUGCUAAGGGGGCAUACGCAGGAAGUUUUCGUUUGUGCUUGGAAUCCCGCCAAGCAUGAGUUACUCGCCACUGGAUCUAAAGAUGCCACAGCGCGAAUUUGGAACCUGCCUUAUCCUCCAGACGAUCCUUCGCAAUUUGCGGAAGCGCCGGAUAAACCGCCAAUCGUCCUUAAACAUAUAUCGGAUGAAUUACAACGGGAUAUAACGACGUUCGACUGGAGUUCCGAUGGAAAUCUCUUAGCAACAGGCUCAUUUGACUCUUUUGUCCGUAUAUGGACUGUGUCAGGUGAACCUUACAUGUCACAUCCGCAACACCAGGGUCCUAUAUUCGCGACUAAAUUCUCGAACUCUGGACGUUGGCUACUGAGCGGGAGCUUAGACGGAACAGCUUGCGUCUGGAACGUUGCGGAAAAGAAAUUGCAUAUGCAAUUCCGGUGUCAUGAUGAAUGCUGUUUGGACGUCACCUGGCUUGAUGAGAGUAUCUUUGCAAGCUGUGGUGCUGAUAAGAUUAUCAAGAUUAUGCGAAUUAGUGAUCAGAACCCGCUGCUGGCACUUCAAGGACACGAGAACGAAGUCAAUCAAGUAAAGUUCAAUGCGUCGAAGACUCGUCUUGCAUCUUGCUCAGAUGACAAGACUGUUCGGAUAUGGGAGAUCGGGAAAUUGUUGACACAGUCUGAGCGGCUGGACAACGUAGAAUGUAUGACAUUAUCCGGUCACACCGAUUCGUCAGCGAAUCUAGCCUGGUGUCCAGAAAGACCUGACAGGACAAAUGAAAUUAUUGCUUCAUCUGCCUUUGACGGAUCAAUUCGUAUCUGGGAUGCAACAGCUGGAACAUGUUUGCAUGCGAUACAUGAUCAUAAGCAAGCAACGUAUACCUUAACUUUCAGUCCAGAUGGCAGGUUCCUCGCAACUGGUGGUGGCGAUGGUUGGUUGUACGUGUACAACGUCACAACCGGCAAGCAAGUUUGGUCCUGGUUUGCAGGUUCAGAAAAGUCUGGAAUCUACGAAGUGACCUGGCAACAAGUGGACAGGCUGAACCGAAUAGCUCUGUGCUUAGAGUCGAAUUAUGUCGCAGUCGUCGACGUAACGCGUGUUCCUGCACUAAUGGAAGUCAAGUAAAUAUGAACAAUCUACAUAUUUAUAGGUUAAGGUUCAAUUGUAUAUUUUCU